AUGUCGCCAGCUAGCAGCAACACCGACGCGACCGCGACUCCCGCGAACGAGCUUGACAACCUCAGCGCUAUUCUCGAGUUCCGCGUCAAGCACGCUUGGCGAGUCAACAACCAGGGCAAGCACGAGGAGGCGGAGGAAAUGGCUGCCAAACUUUUGAUGGAGCCCGCUCUGAGCAUAGUCCACCAAGGCUGGAUGCAUCUACUGCUGGCGGGAUCACCCCACGACUACGUCCUUCAUAUCAGUGAGGCUGUCCGUCUGUUUACCCAAGUCCUUGACGAGAACAAGCCCACGGCGACACCUCAUGAGCUGGACUGCAUGACCAAAACGCGUGAGAAAGCGAAGGAUGCCCAGAGACAGGCUCUUAGCGACAAAAGGGCUGCUUACCGAAAGGCUGCUGAGGCACUUGCUGCGGGCAAAACGAUGACUGAUCUCCACGAGGAUAAGAUGAAGGAGCUCCAGAAGUUCGAGGACGGCCAAUCUGCUGAGGCUCAAGCCUUUGCCCAGGGUAGCGACCUCCCCGGUGGCGUUAGCGGCAGUGGUAUUGGCGGAGGCGGCGGACACGAGGUCUCCCAGGAAGCCACCUGUCCUGCGUCCAGUCAGAGUGUCCAUGAGACUGCCGCUCGCACCUCCCAGGGUUCCACUCGAGGUCGUUCGCACCCCGUGGCUAUCGAGGUUGAGGAGUAUGAUAUGGGUGAUGGCACGGCCCCACUUCCUCUCAUCUACAGCUCCGAUGAAGACAUGACCUGA